AUGGAGCGUCUCCGACGGUCUCGUCGAGAAUCGGUCGAGGCGGCUGUGACUCAGGUCUUCGACUCGGUGAAUGACUGGUAUGCUCCUCGUCUCCAUCGCUUGUCGGAGUUCGUCGCGCAGCGGGACAUGGUUGAAGCCGCUGUGGGGAGGAGGCAAGUCGACGAAGCUCUCCUCAACUUCGUGAAGAAGAUUCGGGGAGUGGAUCUGAACUUCGACGCGGUGGAGGAGAAGCUCGCGGCUAAGCUGGCGAAGAGCAUCGCGGAUGGGGAUGCGAUUGACGAAGUUGUUAUCGAUGAUGAUGACUUCGCUCCGCCUAACAGCCUUAAACGGCUGGUGCUGCCGGGAUCUCCUUCUCGUCGAGAUGGUGGUGGUGCGGAUCCGGGUGCGGGACCCUCUACUUCUGGGGCCAAGUCUGCUUAG